GGGCGAGAGGGGGAGAGAGACCUAUUUAAAGCUACCCUGUUACUUCGGCUGUCUCUGUGCUUCUGACUCGAUCUCCGCCUGUCCGAGUUGACGAUCCUUCCCAUUGGCCUCUCCGUUCUCAGUCCCAGCACUCCUUUGCCCCAAGAUGGGCCGCGGGGCUGGCCGAGAGUACUCACCUGCUGCCACCACCACAGAAAAUGGGGGUGGCAAGAAGAAGCAAAAAGAAAAGGAACUGGAUGAAUUGAAGAAGGAAGUGGCCAUGGAUGAUCACAAGCUGUCCCUGGAUGAGUUGGGCCGAAAGUAUCAGGUAGACCUAUCCAAGGGCCUCACCAACCAGCGGGCACAGGAUAUCUUGGCCCGGGAUGGGCCUAACGCUCUGACUCCGCCACCCACCACCCCCGAAUGGGUCAAAUUCUGUCGGCAGCUCUUUGGGGGCUUUUCCAUCCUGCUCUGGAUUGGGGCCCUGCUCUGUUUCCUGGCUUAUGGCAUCCAGGCAGCCAUGGAAGACGAGCCCUCCAAUGACAACUUAUACCUGGGUGUGGUGCUGGCAGCCGUGGUCAUUGUCACUGGCUGUUUCUCCUACUACCAGGAGGCCAAGAGCUCCAAGAUCAUGGAUUCCUUCAAGAACAUGGUGCCACAGCAAGCCCUAGUGGUUCGAGAGGGUGAAAGAAUUCAGAUCAAUGCAGAGGAGGUGGUGGUAGGAGACCUGGUGGAGGUGAAGGGUGGAGAUCGUGUCCCUGCUGACCUCCGGAUCAUCUCUUCCCACGGUUGCAAGGUGGACAAUUCAUCCCUGACAGGCGAGUCAGAACCACAGACCCGUUCCCCUGAGUUUACUCAUGAGAAUCCCUUGGAGACUCGAAAUAUCUGUUUCUUCUCUACCAACUGUGUGGAAGGCACAGCCCGGGGCAUUGUGAUAGCUACCGGUGACCGGACUGUGAUGGGCCGCAUUGCCACGCUGGCCUCAGGCCUGGAGGUUGGUCGCACACCCAUUGCCAUGGAGAUCGAGCACUUCAUCCAACUGAUCACUGGAGUGGCCGUCUUCCUUGGGGUUUCCUUCUUUGUGCUCUCCCUCAUCCUGGGCUACAGCUGGCUGGAGGCUGUCAUCUUCCUCAUUGGCAUCAUCGUGGCCAACGUGCCCGAGGGGCUUCUGGCUACUGUCACUGUGUGUCUUACCCUGACAGCCAAGCGAAUGGCCCGGAAGAACUGUCUGGUGAAGAACCUUGAGGCUGUGGAGACCUUGGGAUCGACCUCCACCAUCUGCUCAGACAAGACAGGCACCCUCACCCAGAACCGGAUGACUGUGGCCCACAUGUGGUUUGACAACCAGAUCCAUGAGGCCGAUACCACCGAAGACCAGUCUGGCGCCACAUUUGAUAAACGCUCUCCAACCUGGACUGCUUUGUCUCGAAUCGCUGGCCUCUGCAACCGUGCAGUCUUCAAGGCUGGGCAGGAGAACAUCUCUGUAUCUAAGCGGGACACAGCUGGUGAUGCCUCUGAGUCUGCUCUACUCAAGUGUAUUGAACUAUCAUGUGGCUCUGUCAGGAAGAUGAGGGACAGGAACCCCAAAGUGGCUGAAAUCCCCUUCAACUCCACCAACAAGUACCAGCUAUCCAUCCAUGAACGGGAAGACAGUCCCCAGAGCCAUGUGCUGGUGAUGAAAGGGGCUCCAGAGAGGAUCCUGGACCGAUGCUCUUCCAUCCUUGUCCAGGGCAAGGAGAUUCCUCUGGACAAGGAGAUGCAGGAUGCCUUCCAAAAUGCCUACAUGGAGCUAGGAGGCCUGGGGGAGCGUGUGCUUGGGUUUUGCCACCUCAACCUACCCUCUGCAAAAUUCCCUCGGGGUUUCAAGUUUGACACAGAUGAACUGAACUUCCCCACAGAGAAGCUUUGCUUUGUGGGACUCAUGUCCAUGAUUGACCCUCCCCGAGCUGCUGUACCUGAUGCUGUGGGCAAGUGCCGAAGUGCAGGGAUCAAGGUGAUCAUGGUGACUGGGGACCAUCCUAUCACAGCAAAGGCUAUUGCCAAGGGUGUGGGCAUCAUCUCAGAGGGGAAUGAGACAGUAGAAGACAUCGCUGCCCGGCUAAAUAUUCCUGUCAGCCAGGUCAAUCCCAGAGAAGCCAAGGCCUGUGUGGUCCACGGGUCUGACCUGAAGGACAUGACAUCGGAGCAGCUGGAUGAGAUCCUUAAGAACCACACAGAGAUCGUCUUUGCUCGGACUUCUCCACAGCAGAAGCUCAUCAUUGUGGAGGGAUGUCAGAGACAGGGUGCCAUCGUGGCAGUGACCGGUGACGGUGUGAAUGAUUCUCCUGCACUGAAGAAGGCUGACAUUGGCAUUGCCAUGGGCAUCUCUGGCUCUGAUGUCUCCAAGCAGGCAGCUGAUAUGAUCUUACUAGAUGAUAACUUUGCCUCCAUUGUCACUGGCGUGGAGGAGGGCCGCCUGAUCUUCGACAACUUGAAGAAGUCCAUUGCCUACACUCUGACCAGUAAUAUCCCAGAGAUCACCCCUUUCCUGCUCUUUAUCAUUGCCAACAUUCCCUUGCCUCUGGGCACUGUAACAAUCCUUUGCAUUGACCUGGGCACUGAUAUGGUACCAGCUAUCUCCUUGGCCUAUGAGGCAGCGGAAAGUGACAUCAUGAAACGCCAGCCUCGGAAUCCACAGACGGACAAGCUGGUGAAUGAGAGGCUCAUCAGUAUGGCCUAUGGUCAAAUUGGGAUGAUCCAGGCACUGGGUGGCUUUUUUACCUACUUUGUGAUCCUGGCAGAGAAUGGCUUCUUGCCCUCCCGGCUCCUGGGCAUCCGACUCGAUUGGGAUGAUCGCUCCAAGAAUGACCUGGAAGACAGCUAUGGACAGGAGUGGACCUAUGAGCAGCGGAAGGUGGUGGAGUUCACGUGCCACACAGCUUUCUUUGCCAGCAUCGUAGUUGUGCAAUGGGCUGACCUCAUCAUCUGCAAGACCCGCCGUAAUUCUGUCUUCCAGCAGGGCAUGAAAAACAAGAUCUUGAUCUUUGGGCUGCUGGAAGAGACAGCUCUGGCCGCCUUUUUGUCCUAUUGUCCAGGCAUGGGCCUGGCCCUACGAAUGUACCCACUCAAGGUCACAUGGUGGUUCUGUGCUGUCCCCUAUAGUCUCCUUAUCUUCAUCUAUGAUGAAGUCCGAAAACUCAUCCUGCGGCGCUAUCCUGGUGGCUGGGUGGAAAAGGAGACAUACUACUGAGCUGAGCAGAGGAUGAACCAGGCACCAAACAGAUAGGGGUGCCCUGUUGUGGGGUGGGAAGGGGUGGGUACAUCUGAGACAAAGUUGUGGGAGGGUUAUGGGGAGGUGGGGGGUCAGCCCAGCCAACUGAAGUUUGGGCCAGGGUAGGGUAGGAAUGGGGUUUAGGGUGAUUGCCCUGUAGACCUAACUGUGAAAAAUCAGUUUAGACACUAAAUGUUGGGAUCCCCUCCCCAGAUCCUACCCCUACUGUGUUCAUUACUUCUACUCUUCAUGGAGGCUUGGAAUCAUUCCAGCCCUCCAUAACUCCCAGUAGAGAUCAGGUUGUAAUGGCAGAUAUGAGUCUGAGGGUGUUCAGGCUUGAGAGAAGAGAAGACUGUUGAGGUCCUCAAGGACCUAGAACCACUAUGUUAUCUCAACACACUCCAUUCUCUGUUACCACCUGUUCAUUUUCUCUCCAUCCAACUCUGUCCCCAGUGAUCCCCACUUCCCUGUGCCAGACCUCAAAAUCACCAUCUACUUCUGCUAGUGAGAAACAGGAGUCUGUGAAACAGGAACCUGAGAAUAAGUCUUCCCUGUAGGGACUCCACAAGUUGGGGACAGUGUGAAACAGAUAGAAAUGCUCUAAUUCAGAGAGAGACAAGGCCAAAUAGAGAACAAAAGAAAGGGAGGAACCAAAAAGGGGGACUCUAGGAGACAGUGUAGGAAUAGGAUUAGCCAUUAAUCGAUUAAAGAAACAGACAAGGAGAUAGACUGAAGAGGGAUGAGGACAGUGGCUUUUGAAGCAUUUUGACAAUUUUAUCAAUAAGCCUUGUCCCAGAUCUGUGUCCCUGUUGUAGAAGAAGGCAGGAACCCGAUCAGCAGACAUCCAGAUUGUAAUUUUUUAAAAAGUUGUAGCAGGUAAUAUUAGAAAAUUCAAAAAACCAGCCACACCAUGAGCCAGCCGUUUCCAAUGAAUAUAAGGGGAACUCUGGCUUCUCCCUUUGUUCUUUGGGGUGGGAUGCCGAGUCAUCAAGAUCCUCCUAAUCAUGUGGAAGAAAAAUCCUACCAGGUCACUAGUCCUUGAGCCCCUUUGAAACUAUUCAUGCCCUGUCACAGUAAAUGUGCCUAGCAUUCCAGGUCAACAUAGCCCUCAAGAAAGAAAGAGCCCAGAUUUUCAGAAUACAAUUGUGGUCCCAAAUAUUUGACAAUCCAAGGCAGGUUUAGUGUAUCCCCUUGGUUCAGGGUAUUUAUACAAAGAGGGGUAAAACCACUGCUUUAAAAAUGCUCUUUGGAAAAGAGCAAGACAAUUUCUGACCAAAUGCCCUUCACAUAGUCUGAGCACUGAUCAAACAUUACACUGAAAUGGAGGGAUCACCCUCUGGUCCCUAUGAUAAUUGAACUCCUUUCCGCUACUACUGCUAACCUAGCACUUUCACUCUUUGGGCAUUUUCAUCCUUUUUGUCCAGCUGUAGCUCAAGGAACAAAAGCUAUGCCCUAUAGAAAGAUUCAGAAGCAUUGAGCAAGUGAGAAAGAGAGGGAGACCAAAGGGAAAAGGGAGAGAAAGAGUGGCUACAAAGGGGUAAAAACUAAUAGGUAAGGAAGAGAAACAGAUGUAGAGCAAAUCCCAUAACAAAAUCCCAAUUGAUUGUCCAUAUUCUUGAGUUGCACCAGAUAAUACUUAAAAACAAACAAACAAACAACAGCAGUUGGCUGGGGUUUGAAAAUCUUGUUUGUGGAAAACCACUUUAAUUUGAACUCUACUAGUUUGAAAUUCAUGAAAAUUUGGACAAAAGUCUUUUCAUUAUCUAUGGAAAAAUAAAAAGGAAUUUGCUAAGUCAAAUUAAAUAAUGGCAUAAAUAGGAUUAUUGGGGGACAUAUUUAGUAGUCAAAGCAAAUUAUAGCCACUUAGGAGCAUUUAUUUACGAUGAAUUAUUCUGAAUUUGCUAAUUACAAAUGAUUUUUAUCUAUUCAUUAAAGAAGUACCAAGAGACUUGGGGAACCUUUGUUAGCCUUUAGUUUGAGUCACUGUAUGUACUUUAAAAGUAAUAAAUGCAUUUCCUUUUUAAAAAAAUA